AUGCCAGCACCGCUGAUGCCCAGCCCCACGGAGUCAUCUGCCGCCGGCGGCGAAAGAAUGCAGUUGGUGGCUGUGGAAAGGGAGUUUGUUGGGUCGGGAUGCCCAGUUGAGAAGGAUUUCCGAUUUCGAUUUGGAGAGGCAGACCGUGCACUUGUCCGUCACUUGAGUUGCGAGCACAUCACGCUGACAGAAGACAUCACAACUUGUUUGCAUGGAGAGGGAGCCACGGUCCAAGUUUGGCAUGGUUCGAACGUCUUGCCGGCACGCUUGCUCUAUGGUCCGCAACAAUACAAGAAUGUGCUCGACAGAAACGAACGGACGAGAGAAGAGUUCGAAUCUUUGGAGGAGUCCGCCUGGUGGAUGCACGAAGCGUGUAUGGAGCCGUCGGACUUGCGCGCUUACUUCGGCGGUGAGAAGGAGCUUGCAGAGGCACGAGCGGCAGCAGAUGCUUCAGACACCAAGGUCGUUCCAGACAAGGCCAAGACCAAGGAGUCGGGUGUGGACCCUUUGGAGGCUGAGCGCGAGCGCAUCAAAAAAAUGUCAGUGAAGGAGCUGAAGGCAUACCUCGACAGGCACAACACCUCCCAUGCUGACCUCUUCGAGAAGCCGGAUCUCCUUGCACGCGCAAUUGAGGUAGCGUUGAAGUCAGGGCCGGAGCCACCACCUGGACCAGCAUGGAUGAAGUCCGGCGACAUUUGCCGUUUGUGCGGGAAGCCGCAGAUGCAG